AUGCCGCCAAAGAAGGAAGCCAAGGAAAAGCAGGUCAAGGGUGACGAGGCCGAAGAAAUGGUACUCAACUACAUGCGUGACAUCAACAGACCAUUCGCCUCUGCCGAUGUCGUCGCCAACCUCAAGAAUAGGGUGCCCAAGACACUUGCUGUCAAGAUCCUCGCCACUCUUGCAGAGAAGGGUCAGUUGACCGUCAAGACUUACGGGAAGCAGCUGCUGUACCUCUACAACCAAUCACUCCUCAGCGUCCUCGACAAAUCUGAGCUGACAUCACUCGACGAGAACAUCAAAGCGGUGCAGAAGGACCUGGAAGAGGUCAGGAAGAUCUUGAAGCAGCAGCAGUCGGAACUGUCGACCAAGGCAUCUCUCCCAAAGACCUCUGAGCUCGGAAAAGACAUCGAACGAGUUCAAUCCGAGGUACAAUCCGCCAAUCAGGCCCUCGAACCCUUCCUAAACACCUCUGGAGGCAAACCCGCUAUCACCCCCAUGUCCGCAGAAGAGAUCAAGAAGAUCGAUCAAGAUUUCGCGAAAUGGAGAAAAGAAUGGGUAGAUCGAAGAAAAGUAUACAAAAACUUCCUCGAUUUUCUGGCAGAAAACGGCCAGGUCUCCAAUGUCCCCGUAUUUGAGGAAGAGUUGGGCAUCGUAGACGACGACGAGACCGCAAAAAAGCUCGAGCAGAGCGAGAUGUGCAGACCGGCGGUAGUAUCAAAGUCACUUCCUCGGAAAUCGGGUCCCUCAAAAGGCAAAACGGAGUUGAAGAGGUCUGGAAGUGAUAUGCCUGCCGGAGAAGGGAAGAAGAAGAUCCGAAAGGACAAGGCUUGA